GCGGCGGCCGCCGCUCGGCGCCCGCCGCCAGACAGGCCGCCAGGCCGCCGGCGGCAGCAUGGCGUGCUGAGCCGCCGCCGCCCGCCGCCCGAGCCAUGAGCUGGCGGCUGCCGCUGCUGCUGCUGAUUGUCGGCGGCGGCCUCAGCGCACGGGUCCGCGCCCAGACAGCAGGCGGCAGCGGCGCGGCGUCCGACCUGCUCUGGGCGGCCGGCAUCUCAUCCGGCCUGCUCGAGGUCAGCCCACAGCAGGGCCGCUGUGAGGACCGGCCACAGACGGACGGCUCGCUGGCGGACGAUGUGGCCUACUCGAUCCAGCCGGGCGUCAUCGCCAGCGUGCCCACCGCACAGGCCUUCGAGAGCCUUCCUCCUGACUUCUCAAUUUUAACAACAAUACGAUCAAAACAAGGAACGACUGGCAUCGUACUCGGUAUAUAUAGCAACGAAGGAGAGGAUCAACUUUUGCUAGUUGUCGGCGAUACAGUACAACUCACGAUCGGAACAGACGAUGGAAAGGCGCAAACUAUCGAAUUCCCAGCCAAGAUCAACAACGGCAAGUGGCACCGUCUCUCGGUGGCCAUCAAGGGCGACUCGGCCACCCUGUUUGUCGACUGCGGCCAGCAGCCCCUGACACAGGCACUGGACCGGAGGCCCGACUUCCGUCUGGACACCGCCGGAGUGACCAUCGUCGGACAGCAUCUGCUGGGCAGCCAGGCAUUCCAGGGUGACCUCCAGCAGGUGCUGGUUGUGCCCAGCCCGGCGGCCGCCUACGACUACUGUACCCAGUUCUCGCCCGACUGCACCGUGCCGCUACCCGUGCUGGAGGAGCCAACUGACCGACAGCUGCCCAUCACCGACUAUGGAGACUACAACGGACAGGACAUCGACUACGACGCCGAGUCUCAGCCCCCGCCGGAGGAGUCACUGCCGCCGAUAGAGCCGCCUCCUCCUCUGGGAGGCUCCGACUCCACCGGACCGCCGCGGCCUCCUCCCCAGCAGGGCCUCCGGGGCCUACCCGGCCCGCCGGGGCCCCCCGGACCCAAGGGAGAGCCCGGCAGGAACGGUCUGCCCGGCAGCAACGGCAUCUCCGGCCCGCCGGGCAACGUGUUCAUGAUCCCGAUCAACAGCGCCAACGGCGAGAAGGGUCCCGACGCCGAGGUGGAGUCGAUGCGACUGAUGCUCAACCAGCACAUGGCCUCGAUGAAGGGCGCCCAGGGUCCGAGGGGAAUGGCCGGCCUGCCCGGCCCGGUCGGCCCUACCGGUCACGCCGGCGUCAAAGGAGAGGCCGGCGAACCCGGAGAGCCGGGCGCUCGCGGUCGGCGCGGCCCCGCCGGGCCCACUGGCAGAGACGGACGUCGGGGGCCCGCCGGCAGAGACGGCGAGCGGGGCCUCUCGGGACCCACCGGCGAGAAGGGAGAGCAGGGACUGAGAGGAAUGCCAGGCCUUCCUGGCGAUAAGGGCCACCGCGGCCGGCGGGGCCCCCGCGGAGAGCGGGGCACCACCGGCCGGGACGGGCCCCGCGGAGAGGAGGGCCCUCAGGGCGCCCCCGGCGUGCCCGGAGAGAUGGGACCGCGCGGCUUCCCCGGCGCUCGCGGCUUCGGCGGCCUGCCUGGAAACCCGGGCAUUCCCGGAUCGGAGGGCCCGCCCGGAAUCAAGGGCAACGCCGGUCCGACGGGCCAGGCGGGCUCGACGGGCCAGCCGGGCGCGCGGGGCCCGCCGGGCACCACCGGCCCCCAGGGCGCCGUCGGACCCACCGGACCAGCGGGAAUGCCUGGAAAGCAGGGUCUCCAGGGUUUGCCGGGCCACGAGGGCACGCCCGGUCUGCCGGGUCUGCCCGGAAAGGCUGGCGCCAAGGGAGACCAAGGCCUCAUCGGGGCUCCGGGCGCCGUCGGCUUCCCGGGCCCUCGCGGCACCAAGGGUGACCGGGGCGGCCGCGGACCGUCCGGCGAAAAGGGCUCCAAGGGAGACAUGGGCAUGGACGGCCAGAAGGGAGACAUGGGGGAGAAGGGAGAACGCGGAGAGACCGGGCCGCAGGGUCUCCCCGGCCUCGAGGGACCGGAGGGAGCCAAGGGUUUCGAGGGGCCUCGCGGCGAGGUAGGGCCGGUCGGCCUGCAGGGCGACAAGGGCACGCCCGGUGCGCAGGGUUUCCAGGGCUACCCCGGCUCGCCCGGCGAAAAGGGCGACAAGGGUGCCGAGGGCCAGCAGGGCCAGACGGGCCACAAGGGCGAGCACGGGCCGGACGGACCUCCCGGCGAGCGAGGAGAGCGCGGACCGAGGGGAUUCCGCGGAUCCCGCGGCCGCCGUGGAGCACGAGGGCCCAUCGGACCCAAAGGAGACACCGGCCGACCGGGCCCACCCGGGCCCCAGGGCCAGUCGGGUCUGGUGGGCCCCGAGGGCCCGCGCGGCUUCCAGGGAGAGCAGGGCCCACCGGGAGUCGACGGGAAGGACGGUGUUCCGGGACCGCCCGGAGAGCGGGGCCAGCAGGGCGAGCCGGGUCCGCCGGGCCGCCAGGGCCCCGCCGGCGUGGUGGGCCCUCCCGGCACCAUGGGAGAGCCCGGUCCUACCGGCGACUACGGAGCGCCCGGCCUGCCCGGCCAGCCAGGACAGCCUGGGCCUCCGGGAGCCGCCGGGAAGGAGGGCCCCAUCGGCCCGAUCGGACCCCAGGGCAAAACGGGCGCCAUCGGCUCCCCGGGCCUGCCGGGCUUCCCUGGCGACCGCGGCCUGCCCGGACUGCCGGGUCUUCAAGGCUUGAAGGGCGAAAUGGGACCAGAGGGCAUCCAAGGAGUCCAAGGUGACAAGGGCCAGAUGGGUCCAUCCGGAAAGGAGGGCCCUCGAGGACCUCGUGGGCCCAUCGGACUUGUCGGAGGGCAGGGGCCCGCCGGAGCCAAGGGUGAUCAGGGCACGCCUGGACUACCUGGUGCGACCGGUAGGGACGGCCUGCCCGGUAUGCGGGGUCUCAGCGGCGCCCCCGGGCCGAUCGGAGCACCUGGAGAAGACGGGGAGAAGGGAGACAUCGGACCGGCCGGCGAGAAGGGCCACCAGGGCGAGCGGGGAGACAUGGGAGUGCCCGGACCGACGGGUCCCAUCGGCGCUCGCGGCGAGCCCGGUCCGCCCGGCUCUCCCGGCGAGCGCGGUCUCAUCGGAGAGAUGGGCCGACCGGGGCGCAAGGGCGAGACGGGACCGCACGGCAAGCCGGGCGUGGCGGGCGCCCCGGGCAGACAGGGUCUGCCGGGUAUCGCCGGCCAGAAGGGCAGCACCGGCGACCGCGGCCACAAAGGUCCGGUGGGCGCGCCGGGUCAGGUCGGGGAGCGCGGCGACCGCGGCGGACGCGGCAAGGAGGGCCUCCCGGGCCCCACAGGCCCUGAAGGCCUGCAGGGAGCCAAGGGCGAGCCAGGAAACACCGGCCCACCAGGACCGGACGGCCCCGACGGAAAGCACGGGCGGCCCGGCCGGCAGGGGCAGAAGGGAGAACAGGGUCUGCUGGGCCUGCAGGGCGCGCCCGGGACCCGCGGCCCGCCCGGCCCCGAGGGGCCCAACGGCAGCCCCGGUACCGAGGGCGCCCCCGGGCCACCCGGAGAGUCCGGAGUGCAGGGCACCAAGGGCGAGCCGGGAGCGCCGGGCCAGGACGGCCAGCCGGGCCCAACCGGUCCCCCUGGUGACCCAGGACCGCGCGGAGAGCCCGGGCAGGACGGCGGACCGGGGUCACCGGGCCCAGAGGGACCGGCCGGACCUCAGGGCAGCGAGGGUGUGACCGGUCAGAAGGGCGACCUCGGCGCGGACGGGCCGCCGGGCCCUCCGGGUCCAGUGGGCCCCAGCGGCCUGCCGGGCCCCGAGGGACCUCCCGGCAUCCGGGGAUCGCCCGGACCGGCGGGCGAGGCCGGCGCGCCCGGAGCGGCCGGAGAGCCGGGCGAACCCGGUCUGCCCGGAGACACGGGUCCUCCAGGUCGUGUGGGCCGUCCCGGCCGGCCCGGACAGAAGGGCCACCGCGGAGAGAUCGGUAUCUCCGGAAAGGAGGGCCAGAUCGGCGAGAAGGGCGAGCCGGGACCAAAGGGACCGGUGGGCCCGCCUGGUCAGAAGGGCGAAAUGGGUCCGAUCGGCAACGAGGGGCCCCGGGGCGAUCCGGGGCCUCAGGGUCUGCCCGGAGUCGAGGGCCGUCCCGGCGAGAAGGGCAGCUCGGGCCCCGACGGAAACAAGGGAGACCGCGGCAUGCCGGGCCCGGCCGGUCCCCCCGGUCCUCCCGGCGAGCAGCCCAUCAUCCCGCCGGAGCUGCUCUUCCAGCAGUCCAACACCAAGGGACUCGUCCGCAAGAGGAGGCAGACGGACGAGGAGUCGGCCAAGGUGAAGGGCGAGACGGCCUUCUCCUCGCAGUUGCUGGACAUGUACAGCGGAAUCUACACGAUGCGCCAGGACCUGGAGCGAGUCAAGAAGCCGAUCGGAACCAAGGACAACCCGGUCCGGACGUGCCGCGACCUCUUCUACGGACACCCGCAAUUCGGAGACGGCUGGUACUGGAUCGACCCUAACCUGGGUAUGCCGGACGACGCCAUCCUGGUGUUCUGUAACAUCACCAGCUCUGGCGAGACGUGCGUCUACCCGGACCCCCACGCCAGCAAGAUGCCCAGGAUACCCUGGAGAAAGACUACCGAACAGGCCAACUGGUUCUCCACGCUAAGAGGGGGCUUCAAGAUGACGUACGAAUCGAUCGGGCCUGUUCAGAUGACGUUCCUGCGACUGCUCUCGGAGCAGGGGCGUCAGAACUUCACCUACUCAUGCGUCAACUCUGCCGCCUGGUACGACACGAAAGAGAAGAAUCACGACAAAAGUAUCAAGUUCCUCGGAUCGAAUGGCGUUGUUUUCAGCAGCAAAGAAUACGCAAGAAAUAUUCGGAUACAAGAGGAUGGGUGCCGGACGCGGCGCGGUCCCGGUCAGACCGUGCUCGAGGUCAGCUCUGCCGAGCUCGACCAGCUACCCCUCGAGGACUUCCUGCCCGUAGACUACGGCGUGCCCAGCCAGGCGUUCGGCUUCGAGGUGGGCCCCCUGUGUCUGCGCUGAGCGGCAGGGGCGCUUCACCAGACGUCAGCGCCUUAGACAGGAGGAUUCCAGCGCCCCGGAACAGUGGCUGGUGAACACAACAACUGAGGACCAGCGGGGCGACGGGAAAAGGGUCGGAUCCAGGCCGACAGUGGAGCGAGAGAGAUCGGAGACAUGGAGGAGACGAGAGAGACGAGAGGGAAACCGUCAGGAGCGGGCAGAGGGGCGGAGGGAGCGGACGGAUGGAGUGGAGAGAGCAGACAGAGGGCGGAGCGAGCGUUGGAGAGCGCCGGUGGUGCUGCAGAACACAUCACGGUUGGGUGGCUGUGCGCCCGGGGGGCGGGGCGGGCGCCGCCGCGCCCCUCGGGCUCUGUCGGGCGCCGGGGGCGCGCUAGGGCGUCCCGGGGCGCGGGGCGCCGCCGCGGCCGCCGGCCCGGCCGCUGCUGCUGCGGGCCGGCCGGCCCGGCGGCGAACCCGCAGCCCCUGGCCACUCAUUAGGUAGGUUUGUUGCAUCGUAUGUAAUAUAAGGCAUCGUUAACAGCCCAGUCAGGGAUUUAACUGUGUACCAUUAUUGUGUGUCAUCCAUAGGUUAAGAGCACAAGUACUGCCAUUUUUAAGAAAAUCAAUAAAAAUGCACAACAUCAAA